UUGAUUGUGUUGAUGCACUCUCCUCCCCCCCCAGCGCCGCUGUGACCCUUGGCCUUGACCCUUGAACCUGGCAAAAGCUUCCAGACCUGCGCCAACCACUCAUUCAGUGAUAUUCAUUCAUCCACUUCAUUCCCCUGCUAGCUACACUAAAAAGUCUCUCAACGACUCCCUCCUACAUACACUGACUUGGGCCUGAUAAAACCGUCGUUGCUUGCUUGCAACCUUCUUGGACGCACACACUUCUUGCGGCUGCAACGUCCCCGAUUCACACUUCCCCGGCCACCGCGCCUUCUUCCCUCCCACCCUCACCCUCUUCAACCCUACCAAUCCCAUCAACACUACUACUACUUACGCUGCUACUCCUGCUUACUUAGUCUUCUCCUCUACCCCUUGUUCCACCACUUAUUCCCUCAUUCGCUCGCUCGUUUGUUUGCUCCUUCUUCCCUCCUCUCCUCCGACAUACCCUCCAAACAGCCUCCGCCUCCACGCCUCCGGUAGGCUCUCUUCAACAUCUCAACCCUCCCGCUUGCGUCUGCCAUCGCCGCUGCCUGCCUGUCUCUGGCCUCCCCUCGCACCCGCUAUGCUCUCCUUCAAAAAGGCCCUCGUGGCCUCGCUCGCCGUCCUGACCCUCUUCUUCCUGUUCAAGUCCCACCACUCGGGCAACUCGCCCGCCCCCAUUCGCAAUGCCAACGAUAUGCCAAAACCUGCCAUGCUCCAGCCGAAGCCCGAUCCACCAAAGCCCACGCCCACCCCCGAAGCCGCAAACGAUGCAUUCAACACGGUCGACGUGCCCAAGAAGCCCAAGACCCAAAUCAGCCUCGAAGAGCUGCACAAGAAGCCCUUGAAGCAGCAGCUCGAGUACCAGUUUCCCUACGACAUCGACUCCAAAUUUCCCGCCUACAUUUGGCAGACGUGGAAGUACACUCCAGCUCAGGGCGAGUUCAAGGAGGAGUUCCGUGAGGCAGAGGCCAGCUGGUCCAUUCACCACCCCACCUUUGUCCACGAGGUCAUUACCGACAACGUCGCCGUCUACCUGAUCCGUCAUCUCUAUGCUUCGGUGCCCCAGGUCCUCGAGGCUUACAAUGCUCUUCCGCUCCCCGUCCUCAAGGCAGACUUCUUCCGCUACCUGAUUCUUCUCGCCCGCGGUGGAAUUUACUCCGACAUUGAUACAUCUGCUCUCAAGAGUGCCGCUGAUUGGAUUCCUUCCGAUGUUCCCAGCAGCUCCUACGGAAUGGUUAUCGGAAUUGAGGCAGACCCCGACCGUCCCGACUGGGCCGAUUGGUACUCGCGCCGCAUUCAGUUUUGCCAGUGGACCAUUCAAGCCAAGCCUGGCCACCCGGUCCUUGUAGACGUGGUUGCAAACAUCACCCAAGAGACGCUCAAACGCCGCGACCAGAACAAGCUUACCAAAGACCACAAGGGCAUAAUCGAGUUUACUGGCCCAGCCCUGUGGACAGAUAGCUUCUUCUCCUUCUUCAACAACCCCGAUUAUUUCGACAUGUCUACCAGCAAAGGAAACAUCACCUGGGAACACUUCUCGGGCAUGAAGACACCCAAGAAAGUUGGAGACGUCAUCAUCCUGCCCAUCACGAGCUUCAGUCCCGGAAUCAAGCAAAUGGGCGCGGGCGAGGCGGAUGACCCCAUGGCUUUUGUGAAACACAACUUUGAAGGAACAUGGAAACCCGAAAACGAACGCCACAUCGGGGAGAUCUUCAACUAA